GCAGGGAGGUGGCGAGGCGACUCGGGUCGAGGGCGGAGCUUCCUUGUUGCAUGGCCUUCCACGCGGCAAACCUUCUAGACUCGCUCUCCCAGUCUCUCUCCUCUACUUACGUCAUUGAUUUGAUAGCUUUCAGUGAAGCCCGCUCAAUCACUUCAUUCCUGUUGCCCUUCAUACGAGACCCCCUCUGCACCUGCUACUGCGCUGUUUACAUCUCGAGCAUCCAUCAUGCGCGAAUCACAUCCGAGCCCGUCCGUCGUCCAGUCCACACGCGUCGUGCACCGCUUCGCAUCCUCCCGCAGCACCAACGACGCCGCCGCAGCGUCGUUUUCGGCGCGGGAAUUGGCGAGCUACAGCGACGGAAGCGGCAGCAGCGUGAGUAGCGCCAGCCUUAACCAUCGCAGCAGCAGCGGCGGGCACAGCAGCCACGUGGCAGAGCUCGCAGAGGUGUUCGAGCUCAUGGAUCGCGACGGCGACGGGCGAAUCUCCUGCGACGAGCUCGCGACGCUGCUGCGAACUAUCGGCGAGACGAGCGGCGAGGACGACGACACGGACGCAGCGGUGCGCGCGAUGAUGGCGCAGGCUGACGUGGACGGCGACGGCACCAUCGACUUCGACGAGUUCGUGCGAGUUAACGCCGUCGCCGCCGCCGACGCCACGGCAGCGGCGUGGGAUCCGGAAAGAGUAGAAGCGGCGGCGGCGGAGCAGCAGGAGGAGUUGCGGUCCGUGUUCGCGUUCUUCGACCGCGACGGCGACGGCGUCAUCACGGCGGACGAGCUGUGGGCCGUGCUGCGGCAGCUGUGGGGGCCGGCCGACGAGGUCACCCAGGACGAGUGCGAGCGCAUCGUGCGCGCGGCGGACGGCAACGGCGACGGCGCGGUGGACCUGGCGGAGUUCGCGCGCGUCAUGCACGGCUCCGCGCUCCUGCCCGCGCCCAUGACGUGGCCGCAGUGACGUGCGGUGAUUGAGUGCUCUCGCUGCACGCACGGCUUGGUCUGCGUGUUCGGUGGCAAUCAUUUGUAUACCUGCUGUAUCAAGCUAGUUCAGGGCAUGCUUAGCACUGUACUACCGGUAUAAUGGCAUCACAAUGCAUUCCAUUGUGAUACAAAAUG